AUGGCCGACCAGCAGCACAGGGGCAUCUGCCGCUCAUAUCUCGUUGCUCGAUGUCUCAAGAAUGUUAUACACGGAGACCCUCAGUGUUUAGAACGAGGUGAACAUCCUCGCAUCGAUGCCUUAGCCUCCGCGGAUCCUGCCCUGCUGGCGACAGAAUUGGACAUACCGAGGAUCGUGGAGAGGAUAACGCGUCUGGAGACUGCGCUGGCCCGUUGCAAGCGCGUAGAGGAGGCUCUCCAUGAUGUGCCCAGUGUUGCUUUGUCCAAGAUUCAAGUCCUCCAGGGACAGCUACGCGGGCGUCAAGAAUCUUUGAACGUGCUACUAGGCAACGUCGCAAGCUCUGAUCCUGUACUGCGCGAUAUCGUUGCUGCUGUCUCCCGUGGCGAAUCUCCCGAGCAAGCACUCCUGGCUCAUAUCAAGCGUGAGACCCAGGACCCCUCCAGUCCCUUGUGCAGCGUGCUCAAAGCGCCGCCCGUCUUGGGUGUUCGACUACCAGUGCACCUCAAGUCUCACGUCGUCAUAUGGCUCGGUACGAAGCGCAGACAACAGUCUCAAAGGAGCAAGAGCGUUUACUGGAAAACCGAAGUCCGGAACGUCUGCGCUGACAUACUUACGCCGAGUGCAUCUGCUGUCUCUAGUAUCACUGCCAGUGGGACUCUCACCGCAACUCGGCAAGAUGCUCUGAAUGUACUGAUAGAGAGGCAUCGACGGUUGAAGUCUACCAUCUCCACCGGUCGGGCCUUCGUGACCGUCGAUUUACCGAGCGAUCUCUCGUCUGCGCUAGCGGCACCCACGUUCCAUGGUCCCGAAGAUGUUGAGCUGGCUCCUGGGGCUUCAAGCCGCUCACUGAACAGCGCUCUGGAACAGCAGUACCCGGCCUCUCUGGAGUUUGCGAACGGUAGCAGCAGCGUCUAUAGCUGCUCUUCUUUGCCGGACUCUGUAUACACCGGAAUCUGCAGGAGCCAGGAAGUAGCAGAACCUUCCCUGAUGGUCGCCUACAACUCGCAGGACGUGUUUCUCUCCAUCCCUCUGUCUAGUUCUGGAAGCGCUCGCAGUUUGUCUUCUGUUCCCCGUCCAUCCGGCUCGCGGAGGAGUCGCUUGAUGGCUGUGAACGUGAAACUAGGCCCGAUUGCGGAGGCCGAGGAAAAUGAUGUCGUGCCUAAUGCUCGCGAAGUUGAUGCCGCGGAUGCCCAGGACGAAAAUGUGGAGGCCGAAGAGGUGGUGCAAUCUUCUUCCAUGGACCAGCCUAUGGAUUCACUCAUCCUCGAGGAGUGUGUGGAUUCAAUAGUGCCCGAUGCUGUGGUCCAGGGUUCCCCUUCGUCCCCCCAGUCUAUCCUGCUGUCACCGGUGGACGCUAGCUCCCUCAAUAUCUCUCCUCUUCAACUCUGCUCCACUCCUCUUACUGCCCAAGCAACCCGACGAUCUCUUUGGUCCGAGCAGUCCGACGCUCAGCCCGGGAAGUCCUUCCCGCCAGCCCUCGCCAUCGAGGCUGCCGGUAUUGAAGUCCCGAAUGUCGGCUUGCGAGAUGAGAGUGAUGUAUUCUGA